UACAAACAGCCAUCCAUAAAGGAUUCGGUUUGAGAGUUGAUAUGUCUCUUAAUAUAGCCGAGGAUUUGGAGAACACCAUACGGGAGAUGCUAACUAACACUAGGUACGCGGAGCGCGCGCGCGAGCUGUCGCGCAUGUACCACGAGCGCGUGGCGCCGGCGCGCGCGGAGGUGGCGCACUGGGCGGCGCACGUGGCGGGCACGCGCGGCGCGCCGCACCUGCGCUCGCCCGCGCUGGCGCUGCCCGUCUACCAGAAGCUGUACCUGGACGCGGCGGCGGCGCUGGCGCUGCUGCUGGCCGCCGCCGCGCUCGCGCUGCGCCGCGCGCUCUCGCUCAUGCGGAACAAAAUCAAAGCGUACACGAAGAAAAUCAAUUGAAUUUUUCCAUUUGGAACUGUCCAAUGUUUACAGUAUCAAUGAAGAAGUUGUGAGUGUGGUGGUAAAUUCAAUACACAAUACUCAUUUUUAAAAGGGCAAAUGUCGGCGAAGAAACCCUUCCCGUCUUUAGAGUUUUUUAAGUUUCAUUGUAGUGUUUGCUGAGCGCUCAAGUUCUGUUUUUUACGUAUGCUUUAAUUGAUUCACCUUCGUUUUUUUAUUAACAUGGAAUUUAUUUAGUGCGUUUUAUUGUUUAUUUUAUACUUAACUAUACGUCUUUCUCUAACUAAGAACUCAUUGAA